AUGUCGCUCCUGCCGGGGCUCCUCCUGCUGCUCGUACGGGGCUCCGCACAAGACUGUGUCAUCGAUCACAGAAUCCCGGAAGAUGCUUGGGAACAGAAACUUCAUACAGACUUGAUCAACACAGGCUCAUUGGAGCCUCUCUGCAACAAGACGGAGCCGCUCGAUGUCUAUAUUCGGUUCACGCUCAGAUACUUCGAAUACCUUAGCGAAGAGUCCACUUUCAACAUAUACACACGGGUGCACAUUUCGUGGACACACGACAGACUCACGUGGGAUCCCAAGGACUACGGCGGUAUCGAGGAGACCGUACUUGUCAGCGGGACCGAGAUGUGGUACCAGACCUUCCGAGUGCUCAACUCUCCGGAGACGGACGACACCGUCCACCAUUACAACGUCCCCUGUCAAGUGGCGCACACCGGUCGCGUGGUCUGCGUGCCCAGGUUCAACGACCCGGCCAUCUGCGUCCCCGACCUCACCGACUGGCCCUACGACCGCCAGACUUGCUCGUUGCUGAUCGCGCCCCCCGAUCAUAACACGGGUGGAGCAAAUAAAAUAAAAUUGUCCUUUGGGGGGAGGGCCAUCACCAUGUUCGGAGCGGAAUACGGCGCCGAAUGGAUGAUCAUCGACUACCUGCAGACCAACGGCACGGACACCCUCAACAUGACGUUCGUGAUGGAGCGUCACGGCGAGGGGCUCGCUGCCGUCGUGGUGUUUCCCGGCGUGAUGCUGUCGGCGCUCACCCUCACCGCGCUCGCCCUCGACCCGCGGCAGAGCACUCGCGCGUCGCUGCUCGGGUUCAGUGUCGCGGCCCACGUGUACUUCAUAAACCAACUGCGGGCGAUGGCGCCGCUCCAUCAGCUGGCGAGCGUCCCGAGUCUCGUGUACUACUACCGCGGCUCGCUGCUCGCGACGCUGGUGGCGCUGGUGAGCUCGCUGUGUCUGGGCGCGCUCUGCAGGAAGUCCUCCCCGGCGCCGCGGUGGCUCCACGAGCUGCAAGCUGCGGUCGGCUCGCACUGGACUCGGCUGCUCAUCCCGCGUUGGGAGUGCGGCGAAACGAACAACACCGAGCGAGAUACAGAGCGGUGGACGAACGUCGCUAAUAUAGCCAACGCUGCUUGUCUCUUGAUAUUUCCCGUUGUCUACGUUUCCAUGUAUUUCAGCCUCGUGCCGCAGCCUUAUCCCAUAACAAACUAG